CAGCAAAGACAUGGAAUCAAUCUAAAUGCCAGCCUAUGAUAGAUUGGAUAAAGAAAUGUGGUACAUAGAGCGGGACCUCUGGCUUCCGAGCGGGAACCUUUGUAGCGCCAGCGACGAAAAAGAGAAUUAAAUAUGGGUGAUGUUGAGAAAGGCAAGAAGAUUUUUGUUCAGAAGUGUGCCCAGUGCCACACCGUGGAAACGGGAGGCAAGCACAAGACUGGGCCUAAUCUCCAUGGUCUCAUCGGGUGGAAGACAGGUCAGGCCAUUGGAUUCUCUUACAUAGACACCGGUAAGAACAAAGGCAUCACCUGGGGAAAUGAUACACUGAGGGAGUAUUUGGAGAAUCCCAGGAAGUACGUUCCUGGAACAAAAAUGAUCUUUGCCGGCAUUAAGAAGACGGCAGAAAGGGCAGACUUGUUAGCUUAUCUCAAAAAAGCUACAAGUGAGUAAUAAUUGGCCACUGCCUUAUAUUACAAAACAGAGAUGUCUCAUGACUUUUUUAUGUGUACUGUAAUUUAGUAGAUCUCAUACAGCCGAAUUCAGAUUAUGAAUGACUAUCAGAAUAUUUUGUUGGGCAGUCCUGAUUUAAAACUAAGACUGGCUUGUGGUUAAAUGAGUAAGUCUGGUUUUUGAAUAUUAAUAGUAAUUCCAAUUCAGUCAAUGCUAUCACUGGUUACCCCUUCUAAAGAUAUGAUUAGACUUUGUUAAUAAUGUUCAACUUUUCACAAAGAUGGUGAGUUCCAUCUUAAAACUUAUUGGAGAUUGGUUUUAUGUUUAGAUUUAUAUUUAGAUUUAUAUGACUGGCUAUGUGAAUAUAUUUAAAUACUGGGGAAAUUCCUUCACUGUCUCAGAACCAAGCAAAAUUCACCUGUAUUUUGUGUUUAUUUGCCUCUUACAGGCAAGGGUUGAAGAUAAGGUAGCAAUGUCUAUUUGUAUUUUUGGCCUUAACUAUGCCAAUCUAAUUAGAAUUACCUGUAUUUAAGGUGGUUCCUUUUACUGAUUCAAAGGCGUUUUGUGUGGUUUCUGUGUAAUAUCAAAUAAAGAGUAUUUAACACUGAAGAAACAACAACAAAAAGAAAAUGUGGUACAUAAAC